CCGGGUUGCUUCUGGUUGAAGCAGUCCAACUUCUCGGCUCCUUUCAUAAUCCAAGACCCUUUUUCUUGUUUUCUUAAAGUAUAUCUCAGUUUCUGCAGUUUACUCUUGGUGUCUGCACGGUGACUGAGCUUGGUUUGGUCCUUUGGAUGAGUUGAAGCGAAAACAAGAUCAUCCUUUCUUUGCAAUUUCAGCUGAAACUGAGUUUCUGCAGUUUACUCUUGGUGUCUGCACGGUGACUGAGCUUGGUUUGGUCCUUUGGAGGAGGUGAAGCGAAAACAAGAUCAUCCUUUCUUUGCAAUUUCAGCUGAAACUGAGGUAAGCUCACAAAAAGGAGAGCAAAAAGAAGAAAGGGGUUUGGCUGAUCUGUGAGUAAAAGUAUAUCUCAGUUUCUGCAGUUUACUCUUGGUGUCUGCACGGUGAUUGAGCUUGGUUUGGUCCUUUGGAGGAGUUGAAGCGAAAACAAGAUCAUCCUUUCUUUGCAAUUUCAGCUGAAAUUGAGGUAAGCUCACUAAAAGAAGAGCAAAAAGAAGAAGGGGGCUUAGCUGAUCUGUGAGUAAUCUGCGAGUCCUUCAUUUUUCUGGUUAAUCUAAGCACAGAUAUUUUGGGCAAUUUUCAACUGUUGCCCGCCAUUGAUAGAGACAAUACGAGGUCUGUGCUUGAUCAGCAAAACUUGAAAAAGGCUUUGGUUUUGGAGUUUUGGGCAAUCCCCAUGUUUCACAUAUUCGAAUCCGAACGAUGGGUGGGUAAUUUAGUAAGAACAAGGAGGUAGAUUCUUCAUCAAUGGAAGACAGGAAUCCCGGAUACCAGUCUGACCUGACCUCUUGAUGCUGCCUGUAGAGCCGACCCUAACUAGCAAGAUUUUGAUAAGACCUUUGCAUGACCGAGCUGAUAGAGCAAUUAGGACACUAGCAGGUGAUGCUGAGAAUCAGUCCCUGACAUUCAACUCUGUAGGAGAGAUGACCACUGGCCUUCUUGAGAUAGACCAUGCACUGGCUAAGGUCAUUCUUGCAUCCAAAGAAGACACAUGGAAGGACAACGAGCUGUCCCGUUUAGUGGAGGAUUACUUCGAUCAUGGCUCAAAGUUAUUAGAUUUCUACACUUCCCUCGACAGAUGCCUGAGGCGGGCCCGCGAUUGCCAGUCGAGGAUUCAGCUUGCACUUAUGCACUUUGAGGAAGAGAGAGGAGAGACUGUGGGAGGGGAGAGGUAUGUCAUGACAUUGCAGGAGCUCCAGAAAUUCAAAGAAGUGGGCGAUCCAUUCACCGACGAGUUCUGCAAGCUCUCGGUGCGUAAUCAGCAGGAAGAGAUGUUGCAGAAGUUGCAGGCUCGUGAGAAGAAGCUUGACAAGAAUCUUAAAAAUGCACAAGUUGGGAGAAGGGUGACCAUUGCCAUAUUCGUGACCACCUUCGUAUCCUUUUUGAUCUUUUCGGUCGUGGCGGUUUCGAUCGCUGCGCCGCCUGUCAUUACUGCUGUAGCCGCUGCUCUGGCAACUCCAAUAGGGCCAGUCGGCCAGUGGUGCGAUUCUUUGUGGAAAAAUUACCGAAGGGUACUAAAUGGGCGACAGGAGUUAAUUGGCCUAAUGAAAGAGGCAACUAAGUUCUCUAUUCGUGGCUUGGAGACGAUUGGGUCGCUUGUGAGUAACCUGCAAAUUAAGAUUGAGUCGAUCUUGCAAAAUGCCAACUUCGCUCUUGGAGAAGAAGACAAAGAAGCGGUGAAGCUUGUAAUGUUGGAGAUCAAGAAAGGGGUGGAAGCUAUCAAUGGAACUAUCGAGGAUCUCAAUGCACAAGCUGGUAAGAGUAGCGGCGAGAUACGGGUGGCGAGGACAGUGAUAUGGCAGAGGCUAAUUGGACAAUCCAGUCGUUAGUUCUUUUCUUAUGCUUAGAAAAUUAAUGGUUAAUGCAGUUCAUUGUCUUGGAUGAACUUUAAUGUUGCAAAGAUUUGCACCUCUUGGUUGAAGUUGAUUUGGCUAAUGUGGCUUCAACCAAUACAUACAAAUAUUAGGAUUAUAGAGAUCAACAGAAACGAAGCUGUUCUACUUAGGUGUGCUUUAAAAUGCAGAUGCCUUUGGGCUAACUUUUACCUUUUAGGCUUCAUCAUGUUGAUCUGGCUAAUGCCAUUGACGAUUUAACUACUCAAGUCGGACAACCGCUGCACAAAA